AGAGCAUCAGUUUCAAUCUGGGAACCCUUAAAUGAAACUUGCUUAAAAUCUACAUCAUACAUAGAAGAGAGGCCUCAAUCAACAACAACGUGGAAAAGAGUGAUGUUGUCCUUAACAAACCUGCAGAAUAUCAUCUAUAACCCGGUAACCCCCUAUGUUGGGACCAUUCCUGGGGAGUUGGAGCCUGGAACGUUGAUUGUAAUUCGUGGGCAUGUUCCCUGUGAUUCGGACAGGUUCCAGGUGGAUCUGCAGUGCGGGAGCAGCGUGAAGCCGCGCGCUGACGUGGCCUUUCAUUUCAACCCGCGUUUCAAGUGGUCCAACUGCAUCGUGUGCAAUACUCUGAAAAAUGAAAAAUGGGGAUGGGAAGAGAUCACCUACGACGUGCCUUUCAAAAAAGAAAAAUCUUUUGAAAUUGUGAUGAUGGUGUUGAAAGACAAAUUCCAGGUGGCUGUAAAUGGGAAACACACACUGCUCUACGCCCACAGGAUUAGCCCAGGGAAAAUAGACACUCUGGGCAUUUAUGGCAAAGUGAAUGUCCACUCAGUUGGUUAUAGCUUCAGCUCGGAUUUCAGAAGUACCGAAGCAUCUAUUCUGGAACUGACAGAGAUAAGUAAAGAAAAUGUACUGAAGUCUGACACACCACAUUUUCCUAGUAAUAGAGGAGACAUUUCUAAAACCGUACCCAGAACUGUCUACACCAAGAGCAAAGGUUCGACUGCCAAUCACACUUUGACUUGCGCCAAAAUACUACCUACCAGCUGUUUGUCAAAGACUCUGCCAUUCACUGCGAGGUUGAACUCCUCCAUGGGCCCUGGACGAACCGUCUUCAUUAAAGGAGAAGUGAAUAAAACUGCCAAAGGCUUUAAUGUUAACCUAGUAUCAGGAAAAUCAAAGGAUAUUGCUCUUCAUUUGAACCCACGCCUGAAUAUUAAAGCAUUUGUAAGAAAUUCUUUUCUUCAUGAGUCCUGGGGAGAAGAAGAGAGAAAUAUUACCUGUUUCCCAUUUAGUCCUGGGAUGUACUUUGAGAUGAUAAUUUAUUGUGACGCUAGAGAAUUCAAGGUUGCGGUAAAUGGUGUACACAGCCUGGAGUACAAACACAGGUUUAAAGAGCUUAGCGAUAUUGACACGCUGGAAAUUGAUGGAGAUAUUCACUUACUGGAAGUAAGGAGCUGGUAGCUGAUAUGCUUGCUACAAAAACUGAAAUACAAAAUGGCUUAUGUAACCCUGGCCUUGUUAAAAUGCAUCUAUUAUAUUUGUGUAUAUAUAUUGUUAAAAUGAGCUUGCAUAACAUGAAGUCCUCCUAGGUGUUCUCAGUCCUUGCCACGCAUUGUGGCUUUGUCUAGCACAGAAUAAGGACAUUUGAGGCAACAGGUAACUUAAAGUCAUUAUUCAGGCCUUUCUGUUCUCUCUCCCACUCUGGCCUCUGCUUCACAUUCAACAAGUAUCGGUUGAUACCGAAGCUAACGUACAUGGAGCACUUAUUCUCUGUCAGCCCUGUGCUAGGAGCUGUGGAUAGAAGUAUACAGUGGAGCACAGUGCCACUCUGUUCCCUGUUCUCUUGAGCUCAGAAUCUUCUGUGCUCUGAUAGCAUGCCACUGAUUUUUCUACAGGCAUUAAUCACAUAAAGUAACCAGAGAUAAUUACUCAGCUGUGAAGUCACCUCCAUAAACUAAUUUACAAAACACUGCU